UUGUGGGGUGCGCUAGUGCAAAAUGGGUUUAGCUGCAGAUUGCUUCGAUCAUUGCUUGGAAGGCUUCCUGAGAUCAAGCCAGUGAACGUUGAGUCACGAGGUUCCUUCACGACUACAUGUUUCGAUACACGCUCGUCGAUAAUCGUACCGGACCAAGAUUCUUCGAAUAGUAGAUAUGGCCCAGUAUGGAACUUCCAACACGAAAGACGCGUAUCGUCUGCGUCUCGGACACACAUACGCAGACGCCCAAGCUGCCGAAAGGUGACGUGCUGAUCCACGCCGGGGAUUUGACGAACCAAGGAAGCUAUAGUGAACUGAAGAAGAUGGUUGAAUGGCUGGAGAAGGCUGACUUUGAGGCGAAGAUCGUUGUUGCUGGAAACCACGACAUAACCCUCGACGCGGACUUCUAUAGACAGCACGGCUCAUCAUGGCGCUGGCCGAGGCCACAAGACCCUGAAGAAUGUCGAAGAUUGUUCACUGAAUCGAAAUCAAUUACGUACCUAGAGAACGAGGCUGCCACCAUUUACCUCAAUGCCCCGAAUGGCCCUCAUACCUGCUUCAAGGUGUACGGAAGCCCCUGCACGCCAAAGAAGUGGAACUGGGCAUUCCAGUACGAGACUGGAGAGGCUCAAAAGCUCUGGUCGGCCAUUCCAUCCGAUGCUGAUGUCGUCGUCACCCAUACCCCGCCCAAGGGCCACUGCGAUGCAGCUACAAAAGACAAUCGAUCAGGCUGCGAGGUCCUUCUUCACGCACUCCACCGCGUUCGUCCAAUGCUUUCUAUCUUCGGCCAUAUCCACGAAGCGCGUGGGGUGGAACGGGUGUGGUGGAACGACGCACCCCCAGAAAAUAGAUGCCUAGUGAAGGACGUUGAGGCAUGGAAGGACCCCGGGGCGGGCAGCAAUAAGCAAUCACUGGUCAACCUUGCUGCGAAAGGAGGGCGUCCUUUGGGCAAUUGUAGCAGGCUGACACGUCAGAGCAAUAUCCCCGAGUUCCUCAUUCGGGGCGUUGACCCCUGUGGGGGCCGGCCUGACGAGCCUGGUGUCCCUCAGCCUGGUGCAGGUGGGCUUAAUUCAACCUCACGCCGCGAGGGCGUUGCGUAUAGUGAGGCAACGGGAAGGGCAAUGGCUAUGCUAGGGGGCGCAAUUGAGUAUCGCCAAGUUGCAGCCUCGAGCGAUAUCGGAUUGGCGGAUAAGCCUGACGUGGAGGACGUUGAGAGGAGGGAGACGGUCAUGAUCAAUGCUGCGCUGUUGGGUCCGCGGAUUGCUGGCGGGCCAAAGUGGUUCAACAAGCCCAUUGUUGUUGACGUCGAUCUGCCCGUUUGGAGCGGGAGCUUCGAGAAGAAUGCGGCAUGAUGUCGGUUGCUGCAAACAGCCGCCAUCAAGAUCCGCCCGGCGAUCGGAAUGAGAUCACUGCGUCGUACAGAUCAGCUUCCCACGCUUCAAUAACUCGAAGCUCUCAGCAGAUUCAUCUCGACGAGGCUCGGCUCAAUCACGCCCUCCCACGUCUGAGGACCUGUGG